UAAAAGGUCCACUGGACGUCUAUCACCGUCUGUGCUUUACAAUCCCCCAGUUAGCAUUGAUGCCCACCUACUUUUGAAUAAUCUAAGCAUCUUUGGUCUGUACUCACAUCCCACAUCAUCUCACACCUAUGUCUUUGCCACAGGUGGAGAGAGGUGGCAAGCAGCUGAGUUGACUUUACCAGCGUAGUGCACAGUUUGGUAAAGACCAGCAGAGUCCAGUUUUGCGUUGAAAGCGGCUGUUUUUCAGCUGACACUACAACAGGAGAUUUUUUGUUGUUUUAGCUGUUUCAUGAAGGACUGAAAAGGUAAAUUACCUUUUCUUGAAUCACCAACACUCUUCUCUUGACUAAGAACUUCAAGCACACAUCAUGUGGGAGUUUCGGUCUAUGAAUUUUUGGCGGGCGGUCUUCGCUGAGUUCUUCGGGACCAUGUUCUUUGUAUUUUUCGGCAUGGGUGCCGCCCUGCGCUGGACCACCGGGCCUUAUCACGUCCUUCAUGUGGCCCUGUGCUUCGGUCUGGCGGCCGCCACCUUCAUCCAAUCCAUUGGCCACAUCAGCGGCGGCCACAUCAACCCCGCGGUUACCUUUGCCUACCUUGUCGGUUCACAGAUGUCGUUUUUCCGUGCCUUUUUUUACAUCUUCGCGCAGUGCCUGGGCGCAGUGGCGGGAGCUGCAGUGCUGUACGGGGUAACGCCUGGGAACAUGCGAGGCAACAUGGCAAUGAACAUGCUGCAGCCUGGCAUGAGCCUGGGGAUGGCCACCACAGUGGAAGUGUUUCUCACCUUCCAGCUUGUUGUCUGCAUCUUUGCUGUGACCGAUGAGAGGAGAAAUGGCCGUAUGGGAUCAGCAGCCCUCUCCAUCGGCUUCUCUGUCACUAUUGGGCAUCUCAUGGGGAUGUACUACACCGGUGCUGGAAUGAACCCUGCCAGAUCUUUUGCCCCUGCAGUGCUCUUCAGAAACUUUAUCAACCACUGGGUGUACUGGGUUGGGCCUAUGAUCGGGGGUGCCAUGGGUGCCAUCUUUUACGAUUUCAUGCUGUUCCCCCGUAUGAGAGGUCUCUCAGAGCGCCUGGCCACACUGAAGGGAAGUCGACCCCCCCAGAGCGAGACUCAGCAGGACACUCGAGGGGAACCCAUCGAGCUCAAAACGCAAUCCUUAUAAGCUGACCCAGUCCCCGUUUCUCCGAUUUUGGGAGUCUGGGGACGAGGGACAAAUCCCUGAGCUACGCUGACCCCCACCCACCUCAACUGUUCCCUCUCGACCUCAUGCCUUCAUACGCUCCUCUGUACAAGACUAACCCAAAAUGUUCUCAGAUAUCCUAAAAUGUAGGUUCACCACCUUCAACCUCAGCACACAACGAGAAUCCUCAACCCCUCUUCCCCCCACAUAGUCCUCUUUCUGUACUUCCACCUGGACAUUGUGCUUUUUAAAGCCUGCACUACUAGCUGUCUCGACUCUUCACCGCCGUCUAAGAUGCAGAAGGGUGAGGAAAGCCUGAUAUCAAACCGAGUGGUGAGGGUAGAAGCGUGUUAGAAAGUGGGAGACGGGAGCAGGAUGAAGGUCAGAGGGAAUUAUAGAGAUGGGAGUAAAGCGGGAACUGGGUUUGGAUAUGACAGAGACGGGAACGCUGUCAGUUUUAGGUUGUGUUAGAACAGUGAAGAUGGGCUUGCUUUUCAGUAUUCAUCCGAGCUUAUCUCUCUUUUUUUCAGACACAAGAUGAGGAUGUAAAAAAAAACAAAAAACGUUUGAUUUUAACAGGGUUUCAAUCAUUUCAAUCACCACAUUUUAUCUGUUGGUGUGUGUGUUUUAGAGAGAAAAUGUGAAAGAGAUUGAGAGCGAGAGAGAGAGAGAGAGAAAGAGAGAGUGUGUUUGGAGGUGAGUGUGUGUAUAUGUGCUUACUUGUGUGAUCAAGUUUGCAGAUCCAGUUGUUCUUAUUUUUAUUUUCAUAACCACUCAUCUGUUUUGUACCAUUACUUGUGUUCAGUUUGUCAUGCCAUGAUCAUUUCUCCUCUCCCACCUGCUUGAUGUCUCACAGUUAUUU